UGAGCGCGGCGGGGAGGGGGGGGGGUGAGAGUUGAGAGUUCAGCGUUCAGCCACCGUUGUCGCUGCCAGCUUGGACUCAUGAUUCCUAUAUGCCCGGUAGUUUCGUUCACCUAUGUGCCCAGCCGGCUGGGAGAAGAUGCCAAAAUGGCCACCGGCAACUACUUUGGUUUCACCCAUAGCGGGGCUGCUGCCCAGUAUAGUGGAACACCCCCCCCCCCCCCCCCCCCCCCCCCCAAGAAAGUCAUCACCUGCAUGAUAUGUCUGCAUCCACAGAAGCUUCAAAAUGACACAGCCUUUUUAAUGGGGGUGGAAGAGAGCCAGCAGCCAGCUUCGGGUGUAGCCUAUUCCCAUCCAACUACAGUUGCUAGCUACACUGUCCACCAGGCACCAGUUGCUGCACACACCGUUACUGCAGCCUAUGCUCCAGCAGCAGCUACAGUUGCAGUAGCCAGGCCUGCUCCAGUAGCUGUUGCAGCUGCUGCAACAGCUGCUGCUUAUGGAGGCUAUCCUACAGCGCAUACAGCUACAGAUUAUGGUUAUACACAGAGGCAACAAGAAGCUCCACCACCACCACCUCCUGUCACUACGCAGAAUUACCAGGAUUCCUAUUCUUAUGUUCGAUCUACUGCCCCAGCUGUAGCUUAUGACAGCAAACAAUACUAUCAACAACCAACAGCGACUGCUGCGGCUGUGGCUGCUGCUGCCCAGCCUCAACCUUCAGUAGCUGAAUCAUACUACCAGACAGCUCCAAAAGCAGGAUAUAGCCAAGGGGCAACUCAGUAUACCCAAGCCCAGCAAACACGACAAGUGACAGCUAUAAAACCUGCAACCCCAAGUCCAGCAACAACUACGUUUUCUAUAUAUCCGGUAUCCUCUGCUGUGCAGCCAGUAGCAGCUGCAGCUACUGUUGUUCCAUCUUAUACUCAAAGUGCAACGUAUAGUACAACAGCGGUUACUUACUCUGGUACCUCUUAUUCCGGCUAUGAAGCCGCAGUGUAUUCAGCUGCAUCGUCCUAUUACCAGCAGCAGCAGCAGCAACAGAAACAGGCAGCAGCGGCAGCUGCUGCUGCUGCUGCUGCAACAGCUGCUUGGACAGGGACCACCUUUACUAAAAAAGCACCAUUCCAAAAUAAGCAACUGAAACCAAAGCAACCUCCCAAACCACCCCAGAUCCACUACUGUGAUGUUUGUAAGAUCAGCUGUGCUGGACCACAGACUUAUAAAGAACACUUAGAAGGCCAGAAACACAAAAAGAAAGAAGCAGCAUUAAAAGCUUCCCAGAACACCAAUAACAGCAGCACUUCUACUCGUGGAACUCAGAAUCAGUUGCGCUGUGAGCUUUGUGAUGUGUCUUGUACAGGAGCAGAUGCUUAUGCUGCCCAUAUCCGUGGAGCCAAGCAUCAGAAAGUAGUAAAGUUGCACACAAAACUUGGCAAACCCAUUCCUUCAACUGAACCAAAUGUGGUUACCCAAGCUAAUUCCUCAACAUCCACAUCUGCUUCCAAACCAACUGCCUCUGCUUCAAAUAUAGCAAGUAGCAGCAGUACUGUGAACUCCUCUGUUGCAUCCUCUGCAGUGAAAAUUCUUACUCCCAUGGCAAACGCACCACUUAACACAGUGCCCAACAACAAAACAUCUUCAACCGCUGCUAACAUAGCUGUAAAGAAAAUAUCUACACCGAAAAUAAACUUUGUUGGCAAGUACAGAAGUGGUAAUAAGCUUCAGACAACAGGAAGUAAACUGGAAGAAAUUAAAUCAGCUGAAAGUGUUAAAACAACAACUGCUGCUACAGUACAAACACAGGAAAUAAAACCAGAUACAGCAGCUGAACCAGUGACUCCUACGGCUCUUGCUGCCUUGCAAAGUGAUGUCCAGCCAGUGGGCCAUGACUAUGUGGAGGAGGUAAGAAAUGAUGAAGGAAAGGUGAUCCGUUUUCACUGUAAACUUUGUGAAUGCAGUUUUAAUGAUCCUAAUGCCAAGGAGAUGCACUUAAAAGGGAGGCGCCACAGACUUCAGUAUAAGAAAAAAGUAAACCCAGACUUACAAGUAGAAGUAAAGCCCAGUAUUCGAGCAAGAAAAAUUCAAGAAGAGAAGAUGAGGAAACAGAUGCAGAAAGAAGAAUACUGGAGAAGGCGAGAAGAGGAAGAACGCUGGAGGAUGGAAAUGAGGCGAUAUGAAGAGGACAUGUACUGGAGAAGAAUGGAGGAAGAGCAGCAUCACUGGGAUGACCGUCGCAGAAUACCAGAUGGAGGAUAUCCUCAUGGUCCUCCGGGACCUCUAGGCCUGCUGGGAGUUAGACCAGGAAUGCUUCCUCAGCCUCAAGGACCAGCUCCUCUACGCCGCCCUGACUCCUCUGAUGACCGCUAUGUGAUGACCAAGCAUGCAGCUAUAUAUCCAACAGAGGAGGAACUUCAAGCAGUCCAAAAAAUUGUUUCUAUUACUGAGCGUGCUUUGAAACUUGUUUCUGACAAUAUGACUGACCAUGAAAAAAGCAAGAGCAAAGAGGGAGAUGACAAAAAAGAUGGCAGUAAAGACAGAGCUUUGAAAGGUGUUUUACGGGUAGGCGUUUUGGCUAAAGGUUUGCUACUCCGUGGAGACCGAAACGUCAAUCUUGUUUUGUUAUGUGCUGAGAAGCCUUCAAAGAUGUUACUCAGUCGUAUUGCUGAAAGUCUUCCCAAACAACUUGCAGUAAUAAGUCCUGAGAAAUACGAUAUCAAGUGUGCAGUCCCAGAAGCAGCAAUAAUUUUGAAUUCAUGUGUGGAACCCAAAAUGCAAGUUACUAUCACACUGACAUCUCCAGUCAUUCGGGAGGAGAACAUGAGGGAUGGAGGGUUGGGAAGUUGUUAAAGAUGUUACUUCUUU